AUCGUAAUUUUGAUCAUUUGAUUAGGUUUUUCCAUUUUGCGCCCUGCUAUCCACGCGGCUGUCUGUGUGGAAGUUAAACCGACAUCGUGUUUUAGUCCGCAGCUGGAUUUAUUCUGCGCGCACUUGAAAUCUGGAAGCGCCCGAAGAAAAUGAAGCGCAUCCUUUUCUUGUGGUUGACUGUGUGGCGACGACAACGAUGACCCAUAUACAAGAUUUGGAAACACUACUUAUGACGCAAAAUGGGGACUAAUCAAACGAAAGCAACCGGUUCGGACCUCGGGAGCUGCUCCCUGCUCGGUAUUUGGAGACGGACUCAGAGCUCGCUCCGGCGGCGUUCGUCCGGUGAACGUGUAGGACGCGUCUGGACUCCGCCACCGUACCAGCGGCGGGUCAGUCUGAUUCAGGAGGUGCUGGUUGCUGUCAAGGCUGGGAGACGAGAAGAGGCGACGGAGCUACUGAAGACACUCCGACAGGACCUUGGGAUGCAGGAUACGUCCAUGGAUGAUGUUCUGCAGAGCUGCACCAGCUUGGGGAACCUAGUGGACCCCAUCACUCACCAGCUCAUCCUCACCCUGGUCAGAUACAUACACUGCCCCAAGACGGAAGGAGAUUCUCUGAGUGCGAUGGAGAAGGUAUGUCGUCAACUGACCUACCACCUAAGCCCCCACUCCCAGUGGCGACGGCAAGGCCUCUUCGGGAACAAACCCCAGCCCAGCUUGAAGUCCAGCCUGUCUGGGCCUCCUGUAGGGGGAGCAGUCGAUCUCUCGGGCGUCCCCUUGAGCCUGCGAGACAUGGAGCUCCUCUCUGCCCACCUCAGGCUCCACUCCCCCCGGGUACGCAGCCUGGAGCUGGGCUUCACCGGACUGACCGACCGAGCCCUGCUCCUGCUGGUGCCUUCGCUGGCCACGCUGCCGGAGCUGGAGACCCUGGUGCUGAACGGUAACCGCCUGACCCGGGCCGUGCUGCGGCCCCUCACAGAUCUCCUGGCUGACCCGGCCUACUUCCCCGCCCUCACCUGGAUGGAUCUGGGCAACAACGAGGACAUCUUCUCCCUGCCGCAGGCCUUCCUCAAGGGCCUGAGGAGACGCUGCCCCGCGCAGGGACGCCUGCCCACCAUCCAGGAGCAGGGAGAGGACCAGGGAGAGGACCAGGGAGAGGACCUCCACACAGCCCACAGGAACAGACCAGUAAAGGGUAGACUGGUUGGCUCUGUGGAGGUUGGGAGAAGAGGGAAACGACACAGGAAGUAUUGGAUCUUCCGAGAUGAACUCAUCCAAUCAGGAAUGUGUCUGAUUACCAGGUAA